CACUCGUUAAUAAGGGCCAACGUAGCACGUGGUGACAUUAUAUAUGAUACUAUAAAGAGACACUUCUCUCGAAUUGCAAGAGAAACACGAGAGGAUGGAGAAUUCGAGUGAGCCCCUGCAACCACAUUGCCUGGUUCUAUCAUACCCCGCCCAGGGCCACAUGAACCCCAUGCUCCAAUUCUGCAAGCGUCUGCUCCGCAAAGGAGUCAAAGUCACUCUUGUCACCGCUAAAUCCAUGUCCAAGACCCUGCAUGGAUCCUCCUCAUGCACCUCAAUCGCGCUCGAGGCGAUCUCCGAUGGCUUCGACGAUGGUGGCAUCGGGGCUGCAGGUAGCCCCGAAGCCUACAUCGAGCGCUUCUGGAAGGUCGGCCCUGAGACCCUCAGCGAGCUGGUCAAGAGGCUAAUCUCCAGCGGUCCACCACCAACUUGCAUCGUCUACGACUCGUUCUUGCCUUGGGCUCUUGAUGUGGCCCGAAAUUUUGGACUUGUAGCGGCUGCUUUCUUCACCAUGUCUUGUGCUGUGAACAGCGUGUUUUACCACUGCCAAAAGGGAUGGCUUGAAGUUCCUGUUAGGAAGCAGGUUUUGCUCCCCGGAGUGCCUCCUCUUGAGCCUCAAGAUAUGCCAUCUCUUGUGUGUGAUGUGGGGACAUAUCCAGCUUUCACUGGCAUGCUUGUGAACCAGUUCUCCAAUCUUGACAAAGUGGACUGGGUGCUUUGCAACACAGUGUAUGAACUUGAUCCGGAAGUUGCGGACUGGUUCAUGAAGAUCUUGCCAUUCAGGACCAUAGGACCGACAGUACCAUCAGCCUAUUUAGACAACAGGCUCGAACAAGAUCAAGAAUAUGGCUUCAGCAUCUUCCAACCAGAGCACGACACCACCAUGAGAUGGCUCGGCACAAAGCCAAAAGGGUCAGUCGUCUAUGUCUCCUUUGGGAGCAUGGCCGAGCUAAAGAUUGACCAAAUGCACGAACUGGCAAUGGGACUAAAGAGAAGCAACUGCUAUUUUCUGUGGGUGGUCAGAUCAUCAGAAGCAGAGAAACUCCCACAAGACUUUGCAAAUGGUAGUGAGACAUCCCAAAAUGGUCUAAUUGUGACAUGGUGUCCCCAGCUCAAAGUCCUUGCACACGAGGCACUAGGGCUUUUUGUGACGCACUGCGGUUGGAACUCAACUUUGGAAGCGCUCAGUUUGGGCGUGCCAAUGCUGGCAAUACCGCAGUGGACCGACCAGGCCACGAACGCCAAGUACAUCAUGGAUGUGUGGAAGAUGGGGCUGAGGCCACAAGUUGAUGAGGAGAGGGGUGUUGUGACGAGUGAUGAGAUAGAGCAUUGCAUUAGGAAGGUAAUGGAAGGGGAAACAUGGAAGAAAAUGAAGGAACAUGCAGGAAAAUGGAGGAAAAUCACCAAAGACGCAGUUGGUGAGGGUGGGAGUUCCGAUAGGAACAUUGAGGAGUUUGCUGCUAAAAUGGGUGUUAAGAAGGGAUAAAGGAAAAGAGCAAUGAUGGAUAUAUGAUUAACGAUUAUAGUAGCAAUCCAUCUACUUAUGCACAGUAAUAUGCGUGGCAUGCAUAUUUGUUGGGAAAGUAUGUACUCAACCGUGUGUCGUGUGGGUCUCAUUUGUUAGGAAUGUGAAUUUUAGACUCGAUCGCAUCAUUUUCUGAACAAUUCUCAAUUCCGUGCUUCCGUUCUAAAUGAAAUGUUUGAUAUAUGUUGAA